AUGGGGUCAGAUGGAAGGAAAUGGGUGUGGAAGAAGCCAGGGGAGAGCCUCAGUGAUAGGUUGGUGGAAGAGACUCAGAAGUUUGGAGGUGGAUCCUUGAUGAUGUGGGGCUGUAUGCGCCGGGAUGGCCUCAUUUUGGAGGAUGAGCUGCAGAAUAGCCUGGAGAAUUGGGGCAAAACUGUGGAGGAUGUGGUGUUUCAGCAAGACAAUGACCCCAAGCACACCAGCAAGAAGGCCAAGGAUUGGUUCAAAGACCAUGAUUUCAACACCAUUCUAUGA